GCAGAGCUCGCAGCACCGCCGGGCGCCCGUCGGGCUCUGGGAGAGACAGAAAUCCGGUUAAAAUCAGAGUCGGAGGGAGGUUUAACCACGGAUCGGUCCCGAUCGGAUUAUUCCUUAAAGGGGACGCGCCAUUGUCAAAGAGAACGGAGCCUGGGGCCCGAGGGCGGGGACCGGCGGCGCUGGAGGAGCGAGGCAGCUGCACGGGACUGGGGACCUGGCUUCGACAUUCGACAUUCCCACAUGGCUCCGCCCUACGGCUUUUCCCCAUCGCGCCCUCUUCAGUGCCUGUAAAGUAUAAGCUCUAGGUUGAAGAAGCUUCUAGAUGGAUCCUUUCCAAAUUUGGUGUCUUUUCUACAAACUCUGUGCCUCAACCUCAAUUUCUAAGUGAGACGAAGCCAUUUACUUGCAUCUGGGCAGUUGCCCUCUAAAUGCUCAAUUCUCCAAGCUGCUCCGGCGUCAUGCAUGAUUAGAUGUCCCAUGUUGCCAUCAAGAACUUAAGUCGGGAGUGGCACUACGCUUCAGCACCAGUCAGCAAAGUGAAUAAGUUCUGUGCCGCUUCCAACUUCCAUUCCUCUCUGGGAAGAAAGAGUACCAUCAUGUCAAGCAUCACGAUUGACCCCGAUGUCAAGCCUGGUGAAUAUGUCAUCAAGAGCCUCUUUGCAGAAUUUGCUGUUCAAGCUGAAAAGAAAAUUGAAGUUGUAAUGGCUGAACCCUUGGAAAAGUUGUUAUCCAGAUCUCUUCAGAGGGGUGAAGAUCUGCAGUUUGACCAGUUGGUAAGCUCUAUGAGCUCCGUAGCAGAGCACUGCCUCCCUUCCUUGCUCCGAACCCUGUUUGACUGGUACCGACGCCAGAACGGAACUGACGAUGAAUCCUACGGGUACAGGCCUAGGUCUAGCACAAAGUCUAAGGGAGAUGAACAGCCCCGUGAGAGAGAUUACCUCCUGGAGCGGCGGGAUUUAGCUGUAGACUUCAUUUUCUGUUUAGUUUUGGUAGAAGUUCUAAAGCAGAUUCCUGUUCACCCUGUGCCCGACCCCUUAGUUCAUGAGGUUCUAAACCUAGCUUUUAAGCACUUUAAACACAAGGAAGGAUAUUCAGGGACCAACACGGGGAACGUGCACAUCAUCGCCGAUUUAUAUGCAGAGGUGAUUGGUGUGCUUGCCCAGUCAAAGUUCCAGGCCGUAAGGAAGAAGUUCGUGACUGAGUUGAAGGAACUGCGGCAGAAGGAGCAGAGCCCGCACGUGGUCCAGAGUGUUAUCAGCUUGAUCAUGGGGAUGAAAUUCUUCAGAGUGAAGAUGUAUCCCGUGGAAGAUUUCGAAGCCUCGUUUCAGUUCAUGCAGGAAUGUGCUCAGUAUUUCUUAGAAGUAAAAGAUAAGGAUAUAAAGCAUGCACUUGCUGGUCUGUUUGUGGAGAUUCUUAUCCCCGUAGCCGCUGCUGUUAAAAAUGAAGUCAAUGUCCCCUGUUUGAAAAAUUUUGUGGAGAUGCUAUAUCAAACGACAUUUGAACUAAGUUCCAGAAAGAAGCAUUCACUGGCUUUGUACCCACUAAUUACCUGUCUCUUAUGUGUCAGUCAGAAACAGUUUUUUUUAAAUAACUGGCAUAUUUUCCUACAAAACUGUUUGUCACAUUUAAAGAUGCCAUCUAACAACAGUAUCAGGAAACAAAUAGAAACCCUGCAGAAUAAAGACCCUAAAAUGUCUCGCGUUGCCCUGGAGUCCCUGUAUAGACUGUUGUGGGUUUAUGUAAUUAGGAUAAAAUGUGAGAGCAAUACUGUAACGCAAAGCCGCCUGAUGAGCAUCGUGUCGGCUCUUUUCCCCAAAGGCUCCCGCAGUGUGGUCCCCCGUGACACCCCUCUCAAUAUAUUUGUGAAGAUCAUCCAGUUCAUUGCUCAGGAACGUUUGGAUUUUGCAAUGAAAGAAAUAAUAUUUGAUCUUCUCAGUGUUGGAAAAUCUACUAAAACUUUCACCAUUAAUCCAGAGAGGAUGAACAUUGGCCUCAGAGUCUUCCUCGUCAUCGCAGACAGCCUGCAGCAGAAGGAUGGUGAGCCUCCCAUGCCCACCACAGGAGUCAUUCUUCCCUCGGGAAACACUCUUCGUGUGAAGAAGAUUUUUCUCAAUAAAACCUUGACAGACGAAGAGGCAAAAGUCAUAGGAAUGUCUGUUUACUAUCCUCAAGUAAGAAAAGCAUUAGACAGCAUUCUCCGACAUUUGGACAAAGAGGUUGGGAGACCAAUGUGUAUGACCAGUGUGCAGAUGUCCAACAAAGAGCCUGAAGACAUGAUUACUGGGGAAAGAAAACCCAAGAUCGAUUUGUUUAGAACUUGCAUUGCUGCGAUCCCGAGGUUGAUCCCAGAUGGAAUGAGUAGAACUGACCUCAUUGAGCUAUUAGCAAGGCUCACGAUCCAUAUGGAUGAAGAGCUACGGGCGCUGGCUUUCAACACGUUGCAGGCACUGAUGCUUGAUUUUCCAGAUUGGCGAGAGGAUGUUCUUUCUGGAUUUGUAUAUUUUAUUGUUCGUGAAGUGACUGAUGUCCACCCCACCCUUCUCGAUAAUGCUGUAAAGAUGUUGGUACAAUUAAUAAAUCAGUGGAAACAGGCAGCUCAGAUGUACAACAGGACCCAGGACUCCCAGCACGGCAUCGCUAAUGGAGGCCCGCACCCCCCUCUGGAAAGGAACCCGUACUCCACUGUGUUCCACGUGGUGGAAGGCUUUGCGCUGGUCAUCCUCUGCAGCAGCCGCCCCGCCACAAGAAGACUGGCUGUCAGCGUCCUCAGAGAGAUCCGCGCACUGUUUGCACUUCUGGAGGUACCUAAGGGUGAUGAUGAGUUAGCCAUAGACGUGAUGGACAGACUGAGCCCAUCCAUUCUGGAGAGCUUCAUCCACCUCACCGGGGCCGAUCAGACUACUUUGCUGUAUUGCCCUAGCUCCGUAGAUCUGCAGACACUAGCAGACUGGAACUCUUCUCCCAUCAGCCACCAGUUUGAUGUCAUCAGCCCCUCACACAUUUGGAUAUUUGCACACGUGACCCAAGGCCAAGACCCAUGGAUUAUAAGUCUCUCCAGUUUUCUAAAGCAAGAAAAUCUUCCCAAACACUGCUCUACAGCCGUGAGCUACGCGUGGAUGUUCGCAUACACCAGGCUGCAGCUCUUGUCCCCUCAGGUUGAUAUAAAUAGUCCCAUCAAUGCUAAGAAAGUGAAUGCCACCACGAGCAGCGACUCGUACAUCGGCCUGUGGAGAAACUACCUGAUCCUCUGCUGCAGCGCGGCCACCUCCCCGUCCCCAUCAGCACCCGCAGGCUCCGUGAGGUGCUCUCCUCCCGAGACGCUGGCGUCCACCCCUGACAGUGGCUACAGUAUCGAUUCCAAGAUCGUUGGCAUCCCGUCUCCUUCCUCCCUGUUUAAGCACAUUGUCCCAAUGAUGCGCUCUGAGAGCAUGGAGAUCACGGAGUCCCUCGUUCUAGGUCUCGGCAGGACCAACCCGGGAGCCUUCAGAGAAUUAAUAGAGGAGUUGCAUCCCAUAAUUAAAGAAGCACUUGAAAGAAGGCCAGAGAAUAUGAAACGGCGCAGGCGUCGAGACAUUUUACGAGUACAACUGGUACGGAUAUUUGAACUGUUGGCAGAUGCUGGUGUCGUUAGUCACAGUGCAAGCGGUGGCCUUGAUAGCGAAACUCACUUCCUUAACAACACUCUCCUGGAGUACGUAGAUUUAACGCGACAGCUCCUGGAAGCCGAGAACGAAAAGGACUCCGACACGCUGAAGGACAUCCGAUGCCAUUUUAGUGGCUUAGUGGCGAAUAUCAUUCAGAACGUUCCGGUGCACCAGAGAAGAAGUAUCUUUCCUCAGCAAAGCCUUCGUCACAGUCUGUUCAUGCUGUUCAGCCAUUGGGCGGGCCCCUUUAGCAUCAUGUUUACGCCCUUGGACAGAUACAGUGACAGGAACAUGCAAAUCAACAGACAUCAAUACUGUGCAUUAAAGGCUAUGUCUGCUGUACUGUGUUGUGGCCCUGUUGCAGAUAAUGUGGGACUGUCAUCAGAUGGCUAUUUGUACAAAUGGCUGGAUAACAUUUUGGACUCUCUGGAUAAAAAGGUUCACCAAUUGGGCUGUGAAGCAGUCACGCUGCUGCUGGAGCUGAACCCUGAUCAGAGCAGCCUGAUGUACUGGGCCGUGGACCGAUGCUACACUGGCUCCCGGAGGGUAGCCGCUGGCUGCUUCAGAGCCAUUGCCAACGUGUUCCAGAACAGGGAUUAUCAGUGUGACACGGUGAUGCUCCUAAAUCUGAUACUGUUUAAAGCAGCUGACUCUUCUAGAAGUAUCUAUGAAGUUGCUAUGCAACUCUUACAGAUCCUGGAACCGAAGAUGUUUCGCUAUGCUCACAAACUGGAGGUUCAGAGAACGGACGGCGUCCUCAGCCAGCUGUCCCCGCUGCCGCAUCUGUAUUCCGUUUCUUAUUACCAGUUGUCUGAGGAACUAGCCAGGGCGUAUCCAGAGCUCACGCUUGCCAUAUUCUCAGAGAUCAGCCAGCGGAUCCAGACGGCCCACCCAGCGGGACGGCAGGCCAUGCUUCAUUAUCUGCUGCCCUGGAUGAACAACAUUGAGUUGGUCGACCUCAAACCUCUGCCCUCGGGGAGGCGGCAGGACGAUGAUGAAGAGGACUCCCUGAAAGAUAGAGAGCUCAUGGUGACCAGCAGGCGCUGGCUUCGAGGAGAAGGCUGGGGAUCCCCGCAGGCCACCGCCAUGGUGUUGAACAAUCUCAUGUACAUGACAGCGAAGUACGGCGACGAGCUGGCCUGGUCGGAGGUGGAGAACGUGUGGACCACCCUUGCAGACGGCUGGCCAAAGAACCUGAAAAUUAUUUUGCACUUUUUGAUCAGCAUCUGCGGGGUGAAUAGCGAACCGAGCCUCUUGCCUUACGUGAAGAAAGUCAUCGUUUAUCUGGGGAGAGACAAAACCAUGCAGCUGCUGGAAGAGCUGGUGAGCGAGCUCCAGCUCACAGACCCCGUCAGCUCGGGCGUCACGCACAUGGAUAACCCGCCCUACUACCGCAUCACAUCCAGCUGCAAAAUCCCCUCAGUCACCUCAGGAACUACUUCCAGCAGCAAUACAAUGGUAGCUCCCACAGAUGGCAACCCGGACAGUAAGGCCCUAAAGGAGAACUUUGAAGAGAGCUAUGUGCACCUGGACAUCUACGGUGGACUGAACAGUCAUUUAAACCGGCAACAUCACAGGCUGGAGUCGCGAUACAGCAGCAGCUCCGGAGGGUCUUACGAAGAGGAAAAAAGUGAUUCAAUGCCACUUUAUUCUAAUUGGCGCCUGAAAGUGAUGGAGCGUAAUCAAGGAGAACCUCUGCCCUUCCCGCCAGCUGGAGGAUGCUGGUCACCACUGGUGGAUUACGUGCCUGAAACAGCAUCUCCGGGAUUGCCUCUUCACAGGUGUAACAUAGCCGUGAUCCUGCUAACAGAUCUGAUCAUUGACCACAGCGUGAAGGUGGAAUGGGGAAAUUACCUCCAUCUUCUUCUUCAUGCAAUUUUUAUAGGGUUUGACCACUGCCACCCUGAAGUGUAUGAACAUUGCAAGCGCCUGCUUCUGCACUUACUAAUAGUGAUGGGACCCAACAGUGACAUCCGGACUGUCGCCUCUGUCCUCCUCAGGAACAAGGAAUUCAACGAGCCCAGGGUGUUGACAGUCAGGCAAGCUGCACACUCAGAUUACACGUUCACAGCAGGCAUUAACGAUCUUACACCCGAUUACCAGCCGUCCCCUAUGACCGACUCAGGGCUCAGCUCCAGUUCUACCUCCUCUAGUAUCAGCUUAGGAAACAACAGCACCGCCAUUUCUCACCUCCACGCCACCCUCCUCGGCGAGGUGGACCUCUCAGUGGAGCAGGACGGAAAAGUCAAAACCCUCAUGGAGUUCAUUACCUCAAGAAAACGAGGGCCCCUUUGGAACCAUGAGGAUGUUUCCUCCAAGAACCCCAGCAUCAAGAGUGCCGACCAGCUUGCCACCUUCCUGAAGCACGUGGUUUCCGUCUUCAAACAGUCAAAUGCAGAAGGAAUACACUUGGAGCGCCAUCUCAGCGAGGUCGCCCUGCAGACGGCCCUUUCAUGUUCUUCUCGACACUAUGCUGGGAGAUCCUUCCAGAUUUUCAGGGCACUGAAGCAGCCCCUGUCUGCAAAUACGCUGUCUGAUGUCCUCUCCAGGCUCCUGGAAACUGUGGGGGACCCAGGGGAAGAUGCACAGGGAUUUGUGAUUGAAUUGCUUCUCACCUUGGAAUCUGCAAUUGAUACCUUGGCUGAAACCAUGAAGCACUAUGACCUGCUGUCCGCCCUCUCUCAAACCUCGUACCACGAUCCUGUAAUGGGAAACAAGUAUGCAGCUAACAGAAAAAGCACUGGCCAGCUCAAUCUAAGCACAAGUCCCAUAAACAGCAGCAGCCAUUUGGGAUGCAACGGCGACACAAGAAGUAACUCCUUGAGGUUAAGUCUAGCCGGUGACCGCAGAGGUGACCGGCGACGGAGUAACACACUGGACAUAACAGAUGGACGGAUAAACCAUGGCGGCAGCUUGGCGAGGACUCGAAGCCUUUCCUCGCUGAGAGAGAAAGGCGUGUAUGACACGCAGCCCCCGACGGAGCCGGGCAACCUGAUGGCCACCAUCUUUUGGAUAGCAGCGUCUCUGUUGGAAUCCGACUACGAGUACGAAUACCUCCUGGCUCUCCGGCUUCUCAGCAAAUUGCUCACCCACCUGCCUCUGGAUAAGUCCGAGAGUCGGGAGAAGAUUGAGAGCGUGCAGAGCAAGCUGAACUGGGGGAACUUCCCAGGCCUUCAGCAGCUCUUCCUCAAGGGCUUUACCUCGGCGUCCACCCAGGAGAUGACCGUGCACCUCCUCAGCCAGCUCAUCUCCGUCUCCAAGCACUCGCUGGUGGAUCCGUCCCAGUUGUCAGGCUUUCCUCUGAACAUCCUUUGCUUACUGCCUCACCUAAUCCAGCAUUUUGACAGCCCCACUCAGUUUUGCAAAGAGACAGCUAGCCGGAUAGCAAAGGUCUGCGCGGAGGAGAAGUGCCCGACGCUGGCGAACCUGGCUCACAUGAUGAGUUUGUACAGCACGCACACCUACUCCAGAGACUGCGCCAACUGGAUCAACGUGGUGUGCCGGUACCUGCAUGACUCUUUCUCAGAGGCGACCUUCAGCCUUGUGACUUACCUGGCAGAGCUGUUGGAAAAGGGACUGUCCAGCAUGCAGCAGUCGCUGCUACAGAUCAUCUACAGUCUGCUGAGUCACAUUGACUUGUCCGCAGCCCCAGCCAAGCAGUUCAAUCUGGAGAUCAUAAAGACAAUCGGCAAAUACGUACAGAGCCCCUACUGGAAGGAAGCCCUCAACAUCCUGAAGCUGGUGGUGUCCCGCUCCGCAAGUCUUGUCGUCCCCAAUGACAUCCCCAAGGCCUACGGAGUAGACGUAGGCUCCCCCGAAAUCUCCUUCGCUAAAAUUUUCAAUAACGUCUCAAAGGAGCUGCCCGGCAAGACCUUAGAUUUUCACUUCGACAUCUCCGAGACACCCAUCAUUGGGAACAAGUAUGGAGGCCAGCACAGUGCGGCGGGAAGGAAUGGGAAAACAAAGGUGAUCGCGGUCACCAGGAGCACGUCCUCCACCUCCUCUGGCUCCACGUCCAACGCCCUGGUCCCCGUCAGCUGGAAAAGGCCGCAGUUAUCACAGCGGCGAACUCGAGAGAAGCUGAUGAGUGUGCUCUCCCUCUGUGGCCCCGAAUCCGGCCUCCCCAAGAAUCCCUCCGUUGUGUUUUCUUCAAAUGAGGACUUGGAAGUCGGGGACCAACAGACGAGCUUGAUUUCCGCCACCGAGGAUGUGAUUCAAGAAGAAGAAGUUGCCGUGGAAGACAGCAGCAGCGAGCAGCAGUUUGGCGUCUUCAAGGACUUCGACUUCUUGGAUGUUGAGUUGGAAGAUGCAGAGGGGGAGAGCAUGGAUAAUUUCAACUGGGGAGUGCGCCGGCGUUCACUGGACAGCAUCGACAAAGGAGACACGCCAUCCCUCCAGGGGUACCCAUGCUCCAGCAGCACCCCCAGCCUGACCCUGACGAACCAGGAGGACACCGACGAGUCCUCGGAGGAGGAAGCCGCCCUCACGGCAAGCCAGAUCCUGUCACGCACACAGAUGCUAAACAGUGACUGUGUGGCGGACGACAUGAUGCCGGAGCACCAGGACCUGCUCCAGUCUCAAGACUCCGCCAGCAGCAACACGACCGAAGACGUGCUCCAGAUCAGAGACGAGACCCCCAGUUUGGAGGCCUGUCUAGAUAAUGCUAGCAGCCAGCUGCCUGAGGAUACAAGUUCAGUAUUAAAGGAGGAACGUGUUACAGCCUUUGAAGAUGAAGGCUCAUACAUUAUUCAAGACCAGCAGGACCCGCUAGUAUGUCAAGGAAUUCUUGACUUAGAGGAAACUGACAUGGCAGAGCCUCUGGCCCCUGAGAGCUACCCUGAGUCCAUCUGCGAAGAGGACGUCACCUUGGCUUUGAAAGAGUUGGAUGAACGGUGUGAGGAGGAAGAGGCUGAUUUCUCUGGGUUGUCGAGUCAAGAGGAAGAUGAACAAGACGGUUUCCCGGAAGUGCAGACCUCGCCUCUCCCGACGCCCUUUCUGUCCGCCAUCAUAGCAGCUUUCCAGCCGAUGGCUUACGAGGACGAGGAAGAAGCGUGGCGCUGCCACGUCAGUCAGACGCUGUCGGACACAGAUGGGUCCUGUGCCGUGUUUACUUUCCAUGUGUUUUCAAGACUCUUUCAGACAAUUCAAAGGAAGUUUGGAGAGAUAACUAACGAGGCCGUGGGCUUCCUUGGUGAGAGCCUGCAGCGCAUUGGUACCAAGUUUAAAAGCUCACUGGAAGUCAUGAUGACCUGUUCUGAAUGCCCCACUGUCUUUGUGGAUGCCGAGACGCUGAUGGCGUGCGGUUUGCUGCAAACACUCAAGUUUGGUGUCUUGGAGCUACAGGAACAUCUGGAUACUUACACCACCAAGAGAGAAGCAGCCGAGCAGUGGCUAGACAACUGCAAGAGGACGUUCGGUGCCAACGAAGACAUAUACAGGAUAAACACCAACGCACACCAAAUGGGAAUUCUAGCAGAGCUGGAGCUCUGCAGAAGGUUGUACAGGCUGCACUUUCAGCUGCUGCUUCUGUUCCAGGCCUACUGCAAACUCAUCAACCAAGUAAAUACGAUCAAGAACGAAGCAGAGGUCAUCAACAUGUCAGAAGAACUUGCCCAGCUGGAAGGCAUCCUUAAAGAAGCUGAGGCUGCUUCAGAGAAUGAAGAAAUUGAUAUUUCCAAAGCCUCACAGACCACAAUAGAAACUGCCAUUCAUUCUUUGAUCGAAACUUUAAAGAACAAGGAAUUUGUAUCAGCUGUAGCACAAGUCAAAGCUUUUAGAACCCUCUGGCCCAAUGACAUCUUCGGCAGCUGUGAGGACGACCCAGUGCGGACGCUCUUACACAUCUAUUUCCAUCACCAGACGCUCGGCCAGACGGGUAGCUUCGCGGUCAUCGGCUCAAACCUGGACAUGUCAGAAGCUAACUGCAAACUGAUGGAACUUAACCUGGAGAUCCGAGAGUCUCUCCGCACGGUGCAGUCUUACCCACUCCUAGCACAGGCCAAACCAGUCGGAAAUACCGCAAGCACUGGAUUCUGAGCAACUUCCAACCCUCGAGACGGAGUAAGCUGAAGAUGAUCAAGACUGUUAGCCAAGCAAGCACCUUUCCUGACGCCUUGUGCUUCACUGCUAACUCUGGGGGCAGCACUUUUAAUUGUAGUCUACUAAUAACUUCGAACUGUCAAAAACAAACAAAAAAACCCUGAAAUAUCUAACCGCUUACCUGCUGCCGAGACCUCCACAGUAACUGUAUGAAGAAGGAGUUUUUAUUAUUAUUAUUAUUAUUAUUAACCUAUGUGAAUAAGAAUAAGGGCUAAAAGCGAUGCAUACAAACCACAUUACUCUGGAGAAAGACGAUCCGAGGAUGUUUGCAAUAAUGGCCUCCAAGACAUUGCAGGGCAGGUGAAAUCAGGCCGGGCUCGGGGCCGACUCCUUGUAGCUGAAGGCCUGUGCCUGCAGAGCCACUUGGAUUUCUAGCUGUCAUCCACAUAGAGUCAACACUUAAUAAUCAACUUGACCACCCAGUCAGACAGAUAACACAGACUUAUUUGCAAAAACCAUUGGGUCUUGGGGGGAGGGGUUGUUUUUUUGUUUUUUUUUUCCAACUUACGGAAUAAGGGUUUGGGGGGUUUGGGUUUUGGUUGUGUGUGGUAUUUUUUUUUUUUUGUCUAUAUAAGGAAUUAUGUGUGUAUGAGUUGGAGUGUGUGUGUGUGUGUGUGUGUGUGUGUGUGACAGUCCUAUUUUCAAGGUGUGGAUGUCUGGUGACAGCUUCUCAGAGCAUGCCUAAAAGAGCACUGCAAGAUUAUUUUUGAAGAAAUUUUAUUUUAUUAGAUCUAACUCUUCAUAGUGUGUAAAUGUUAGAACACUUUAAUAAUAUUUUAAAACUGGGGUUUUUUUUUCCCAGUGUCUCAAAAAAAAAAAAGAAAUAAUAUAUCUGUUAACGUUAUUGGACUCUGCUGCUCAGUUCACUGAUCAGUGCUUGUAUUGAUGUUGAUAACUAACCAAAGCAGACACCUGCAGAGACUUUAAAUUGUAAAAUAAAGAUGGCCGCUGCCCCGCCAGCGCCCCUCGUGACACAAGGUAACUUAUUUCACUCAGUAACUAUUAUAGACACGGCAUAGACUAAAAAAACUGUAUUUUCUUGUACAUUCGCGCCACACACUGUUACACGAGAGAACAUGUAUAAAGCUAAAGGAAAAGUUGUGGUCACUGAUGGUGGACUGUGUGUUCUGCGGGCUCUGAAGGCUGCGGACUUCAAGAGAAGAGAUGCAAACGACUUGUGUGUUUAUGUGGGACUCAAACUUGUUUCAGGCUAAAGGAACCUUGGGGCUACAGGGGGAGGGGAAGACAGGAAGCCUGAAGACCGACUCCCAAAACACGCACUAUGCUUCUCUCCACUGUCUAAGUCUGUAGCUUGACACAAACCGGAUCCUGUCCCUUUUGUUCUUUUUAAUAGAAUUUUGUAAAGGAAAUGAAUGUAGUCCCCCGACUCCUCUGAUUUGAAAGGAACACCUUGUAUUUUUUUAUAUGCAUCUCUUUUCCACUGUGACUUUUGUUUUCAAACUGGGCUGUGUGGCUCCAGAGUUUGGAAUGUAGAAAUGAAUUGCUUAGCUCUGCCUUUUCCUGGGGGGCGUGGCCCCUGACGGAAAUGUAAUUAUGCUCAAGUGCAUUAAUCAUCGGGGCCACUGUGCACGCCGUCGGACUGCUGACCGUGUUUGUUUCCUGUAAAACUCUAUAACUGGUCACAGCACAUUCAUAAUCACUGUAUUUUUUUGACCCAGAUAAAAAAAAUUAUUUUAAUGGUGUUCUGGUACUGUAAAUGGUGUCUUUUAAAUUAUUAACUCUUGGGCUGGGGGGGACAGGCACAGGGAGGGUGCCCAGAGACACACCGCACCUCACAUUCCUCUCCCAUCAUUUCCCACCCUCCUUACAUCCUUUUUGUUCAAAAUAAAAAAGCAUUGUAGCUGUU